AAACUCCCGACUUUUGUGUGCAUUAAAGCGCCGCAGUGCUCGCAAUUAAGGGCCCGGAGGCUUCCACCUUAUCGACAGAUUACGUGCCCGUCGCGUGCGGCCAUCUCAGCGCCUCCCAUCGCGCACACUGGACGCUUGCGCACCACUGCUCUCUCUGAGGCGAAUACGCCGCCGCCGCAACAAACUAGAGGCACCGCUGCUCUCUGAGACCAGUCACACGCCGCCGCCGCGACGCCGAGCGAGACGAUGCAGGUCCACUUCACGACGGGCAACCCCGCCCUCGGCGCGGACCAUUUGCAUCGAGGCUCGAUCCAUCUGACGCAGGCGCCGCAAAGUCUAGCGGAGCGGGACUACGGCCAGGCGCUGCCGGACGCGAAUUUGAGAAGGGCCACCGUGGCCUUGGUGGGCGUGCCGAGUCGCUUCGUCCCCACGGACGUCGUCGAGUUAUUGGCGCCGUUCCGGAACUCCGUGAGAGAAAUCAGAAUCUUUCGGCACGCCGAGCCGCCGCGCCUGCCGCCCUCACUAUGUAUUGUAACCAUAGCGUGCUCAUCAAAACAAAACGCCACGGAGAUCUACGCGAGAUUACAUGGGACAACUCACAGAGAAGAACACAAACUAGCGAUGGCUUUUGUACAACAAGUCGAGUGGCAGUCGCGGCCGGCGCCGCCGCCGGACGGUUUAUGUGUUGUAUGUCUAGACAGGUUGGACGUGAGCUACCACGUCGUCCUAACAACAGCGUGCGACCACUCGUUCCACGCCGCGUGUUUAGGAAGAUGGAGCGACGCACCGUGCCCCGUCUGCCGCUACUUGCACGCGUCACUCGCCUCCCAAGCGACGCACUGCGCCACGUGCGCUCUCGGGAGUGAAGAGCAGAAGUCUUCGGAUGAACGGAGAGAUUUGUGGGUGUGCGUGGUUUGCGGCUUCGCGGGCUGCUCCGCGGGGAAUCCUCAGGAAUCGUCCCACAUCCGGGACCACUACGAUCAAACGAAGCACGCCUACGCCGUCUCCGUAACGUCGCAGCUGGUCUGGGACUUUAGUGGCCGCAACUACGUCCAUAGGUUGGUGAUGGACGGGGAAAGCGUCGACGCGGCGGACGCGCAGGAACACCGGAAGCUUGAAGGUUUGGCUUUGGAGUACACGCAAUUAUUGCGGUCGCAGCUAGCUAGGCAGCGCGACGUCUACGAGCAACGGUUGGCCGCGCGCGCGGGCGGCGUGGUGGACGCGGCGGCGGAGGCGCGCGUCGCGGACUUGAGAGCUGAAGUUCGAGCGUUGGAACGCCGCGCGGCGCGCGAUAGAAAAAGGCUGGAAGCGACGGAGUCGGAUUUAAAGUUCCUCGAGGAGGUCUCUUCGGCGUUGGAGGGCGACGCAGCCGCGCGCGAGGCCGACGCCCGAAAUGCGGAGGCCGAGCUUGAAAAAGCCAAGAGCGACGCGGACCGCCUCGCGCGCGCGCUCGAGGCCAAGCUCGACGUGGCCAUGUCUGUGUGCCGCGUCCCAGUUGACCUUCAGCGUCGCGUCGAUGGCGUGCGUCCGUCGCGACGCCAUCGAGGCGCCUGCUGGUCGAGACGACGUCCGCGCAGGCGGCGGCUCGAGGCCGGCGACGACGUGGCGCCGCCGCCCGCGCCCGCUGCCCCCGUGGCCAAAUCUAUAAAAUGCGUCGCGACGGGCAAGCUGUUCCCGACGAUGGCCGCGGCCCAGGCCUACGCGGCUAAAACGGGCCGAACGGACUUCGAGGAGUCGACCGAGGAGUGCGUUCCAGAGCCACCACCGGAGGAUCCGGAGGACGAUGAGCUCUACAAGUAGUUUGUUGUUGUACUAAUUUUUAUUCUGUCA